GGAGGAGGAGGAGGACGGAGGUUUCCUGCCUGGCCGCCGCCCCGCACGGGGAGCCCAGGGCCGCCGAGGCUGACGGGGAGACAUCAAAUGAGGCUUUCAUGGAAAAGUUCACCUUUAUUACUUCCAGAAACAAAGGUCCAGGAUGGAACAUUCCUGCUCGCUCCUGCUGCUCUGUGUUAGCUUUCUGUUUGCACAAGCUUUACCACCCAAUGGAACCGAGUUGCCAAAACCAACAACAACAACAAACUCUACAGAGGAGAACCAUUUACACAAGGACCUGCUCACUUCAAUGCUGAUCCUGCUCCUGGUCUUCAUCAUCUUCAUCCUGUUGGCUGGGUACUUUUUCAGGUUCAGAAGACACAGGAAAGCUGUUGUCAACUCCGGGGACAAAAAGAUGCCAAAUGGGAUCUUAGAAGAACAAGAACAGCAACGGGUCAUGCUGCUCAGUCGGUCUCCCUCAGGCCCCAAGAAGUAUUUCCCUAUCCCAGUGGAAAACCUUGAAGAGGAGAUACGGAUGCGAUCAGCAGAUGAAGGGAAGCUCUUCCGGGAGGAAUUCAAUUCCUUAACAUCUGGAUAUGUGCAGGGAACGUUUGAAAUGGCAAAUAAGGAAGAAAACAGGGAGAAAAACAGAUAUCCCAACAUCCUGCCAUAUGACCAUUCCAGAGUGAUUUUGAGCCAAAUUGAUGGAGUCCCACCUUCAGACUACAUUAAUGCAUCCUAUAUAGAUGGUUAUAAAGAAAAGAACAAAUUUAUCGCAGCACAAGGACCAAAGCAGGAAACGGUUAAUGAUUUCUGGAGGAUGAUAUGGGAGCAGAAGUCGGCUGUUAUUGUCAUGUUAACCAACCUGAAAGAAAGGAAAGAGGAAAAAUGCUAUCAGUAUUGGCCUGACCAGGGGUGCUGGACUUAUGGAAACAUCCGUGUGUCCAUGGAAGAUUGCAUAGUUCUGGUUGACUACACCAUCCGCAAGUUCUGUGUUCAGUCACUUCAUGAUGGUUGUAAAGCUCCGAGGCUUGUUACCCAGCUUCACUUCACCAGCUGGCCUGAUUUCGGGGUGCCUUUCACUCCCAUUGGGAUGCUGAAAUUCCUGAAGAAGGUCAAAACGUUGAAUCCUGCCCAUGCUGGACCCAUUGUGGUUCACUGCAGCGCUGGUGUGGGCCGCACGGGCACAUUCAUCGUUAUCGAUGCCAUCAUAGACAUGAUGCACGCGGAGCAGAAGGUCGAUGUCUUUGAGUUUGUCUCAAGGAUCCGUAACCAGCGGCCGCAGAUGGUUCAGACUGAUAUGCAAUACUCCUUCAUUUAUCAAGCCUUACUUGAAUACUACCUCUACGGUGACACGGAGCUAGAUGUGUCCUCCUUAGAAAAACAUCUCCAAACAUCACAAAACGCAGCACCAAACCUCGUCAAAAUAGGGCUAGAAGAAGAGUUUAAAAAGUUAACAAACGUUCGGAUAAUGAAAGAAAACAUGAGAACUGGCAACCUUCCAGCAAACAUGAAGAAAGCCAGAGUCAUCCAGAUUAUCCCAUAUGAUUUUAAUCGAGUGAUUCUGUCCAUGAAAAGAGGGCAAGAGUACACAGACUACAUCAAUGCUUCCUUCAUAGACGGCUAUCGCCAGAAGGAUUACUUCAUUGCCACCCAGGGACCCCUUCCACACACGGUGGAGGAUUUCUGGCGGAUGGUGUGGGAGUGGAAGUGCCACACCAUCGUUAUGCUCACAGAGGUGCAAGAGAGGGAGCAGGAAAAAUGCUGCCAGUACUGGCCAUCGGAGGGCUCUGUAACUCAUGGAGAGAUAACGGUAGAGAUAAAGAACGACAGCCUGUUAGAUGCCAUAAGUGUAAGGGACUUCGUAGUUACAUACAACCAGGGUAACCAGGAGAAGCAAAGCAGGCUCGUCCGGCAGUUCCAUUUCCAUGGGUGGCCAGAAAUCGGGAUUCCUGCAGAAGGAAAAGGGAUGAUCGACCUGAUUGCAGCUGUCCAAAAGCAGCAGCAGCAAACUGGCAACCACCCCAUCACUGUGCACUGCAGUGCUGGCGCUGGAAGAACAGGUACAUUCAUAGCACUCAGCAAUAUUCUGGAACGGGUGAAGGCUGAAGGGCUCUUAGAUGUAUUUCAAGCUGUGAAGAGCUUAAGACUGCAAAGGCCACAUAUGGUGCAAACACUGGAACAGUAUGAGUUCUGCUACAGAGUGGUACAAGAUUUCAUCGACAUCUUUUCUGAUUAUGCUAAUUUCAAGUGAAAAUCCCUGCCUUAUUUUUUAAGUUCUCUGUACAAAGAGUUGUAUAUUUUGUUAAUUUAUUCCAUGGCAUUUUGUUUGUCGACCUUAUUGUAAAUAGGACCUUGUGUUGGCUCUAAAAGUUGCAUUUGCUGUAUAAAGUUAUUUCUUAAAUAUAAAUAUCUUCUAAAGCAAAGUAUAAUGUUCAUACACAGUAUAUCACUAUGAGAUGGUAGAGAAAUCUUUAUUCUAAGUAAGUUAAUUUCUUUGCUUUUUUCCCCUUAUAUAUAUUUAUCAGUGUUAUCUCCCAACUCUGGAAACUUUACACAGGUGAUUUAUGUUUCCUACUAAGAAAAAGGUGAAUUGUGGUACAUAGGUUUAAACUAAACAUGUUUUGGCCAUAAAUCUUUCUUCACUCUGAAAAUUGAUGUUUAUUCAGGGACAUAUGCUGAUAACCUGCUUGAGCUUGCUUGUAGUUUAUUUCACUGAUAGGCUCAUUGAAGGCAAGGAGACUGAGUGAAGGGCUGUUAAUGGUAAAGGUAUCAGAAUAUGGCCCUUCAUGUGUCAUAAUACACAGUCCACCUGAAAAAUAUAGCUGUUUUCAAAGUCUGUUUUAAGAACUUCCAGGUUGGUGGCAGUUCUAAGUCUUACCAUCAGCAAGAUAUAAUCAGUAUAAAUUCAGAUUUGACGUUUUGAUUUAAUAGAGCUUUCAAAGUCCAUUUCUUUUGUUCUUUCCUAAAUAGUACAUCGGCUUAAAUCAAUUUAGGAAGACAAUAAUGUCACUUUACCACUAUUUGGAGAAUAUUUUGCAUAUCAGAAGAGUAUAUUUUGCAGCACCUAAGGGUGUCUGCUUCAAGAAGCUUUACAGCCAUUGUCAGAAAUGGAUUUAAAGCUUCUUUUUAUACAUUUGCAUAUUUCCCCACAUCUUUGAUCAUAGGCAAAAGAGAUGAACUCUUAUUCUUUGAUUCAGUUCAGCAGAAUAGUUAACACUCUUUGCUAAAACUCUGAAAAACCAUUUUACUAAGAGUGUAAUGCUGGCAAAAUUGUGUUGUAGCAAAAUACUCCUCUGUGUACUUCCCCUCCUAUAUAUAUUUUAUCCAAAAAGGAGUAUUUCCUUUAUCUAAAAGGGGUAUAUGAUUGUGUAUAUAGAUAUAUUUUUAAUGAAAAUGCUACUCAUAAUAUAAUUGGUGAAAUAGUUUAAAAGUCUUUAUCACAGCCCUGCAGAGGAUGUGGUUGGGGGUUAGAAACCCCCAAAAUCACAGGGCACCCGAAUGUUGAAUAAUGAAAAAGUAUAUCUUUUCCACUCUUUAAAAGGCAUAUAUGAACUAAUGAGCACAAAGUAUGUGACUAUGUACUUUAAUUACAUAACUAAUAUGCAAUAGCUCUGUCUUGUCCUGUCGAUUGGGGUUUCUUUCAAUGCAAACAUAAAAGCCUUAUUUAAAGUAA